CAUAACAUUACAAGUUACAACUAGUUCAAAGUCAAACUCACGCAAAUUAGACGACUAAAACAAACGAGCAAAAAGAAACACAAAUAUGAUGAACAAACUUUGCAGCUUCCGUAACCAAAACAUCCAUGUGAAGUUGCUUCUUGCAGCUUUAAUGGUGGUUUCAAUGGUGGUCAACUCCGAAUGCCGUCCCGUCACCGGAAAAGAGUUCGAAGAAGAAGAAGAUAAAGGUCUAAUUGGGAUGAUGAAAUGGGCAAACAGAGAUGAAAUGGUGUAUGUUGCUGGAUAUGGCGAAGAUAAAUUGUCCAAUCUUUUAAUUACGGGUACACUUGUUUGCAAUAAGGCUUGUUUGGGUUCUAAACAUGGUAUUGGUAACAAUAACCACCACCUUCACCUAUCCACACAACUACAACCUAUAUCUGGAGCCUUAGUGGGAGUAAAGUGUUAUAUCAACAAAAAAGACCAAAACCCUAGUUGGACUAAAGCUGUUACAGAUAAAUAUGGAAAGUUUAUAAUCGACCUUCCUUCACAUCUUCAUUCAAUCACAAAUUUGAACAAAGUUUGUUCGAUUACGAUCCUAAAUCUACCUCUGAAUUCGAUUUGUCGCGAUUCGAAUUAUUCAAGAAAAUACUUUGAUUUGGAGUUAUCAUCGAUUGGGAAUGGAAUCCGGACAUAUACAACAGGAAAGAUUGAAAUUUCGCGUACUAUAAUGCACGAAAAUUCGGAAACAUGCAUGAAAGAAGUGAAUGAUAAAAAUAAAGUGACGCGAAUUUAAAACUUCUUUUGAUAGAGCUUAAUAAUUAAAAAAGACCCACUAAGAUGUUCGCGGCUUACGGAGAUUUUCAAGGCGUGUAAGAUCUAGUGAGGGAGAGAAUGAUAGAGAAGUAUGAUGGCUCACUUAUUAGAAAAAUAGGGUGAAAGGUAAUUAAUGAAUAUAGUGUGAAAGGUAAUUAAUGAAAUUUACCCUAAUGUGAAUGCAUUCAAUGUAAUUGUAGAUGAAUUUGCCUAUAAAUAUGGAUGUUCACCAAUGUAAACAAAUCACACCAAUGAGUAAAAACAUCUCCAUAUUCUAACUUUUACUCAUUCUAUUUCCUCCUUAUCUCUCUAAGUUUUAACACGUUAUCAGCACCACCGCUACCCUUAAUAAUCAAGAAGCAAGUAUGACAUAAAUUACCAAAAGAUUAUUCAACAUAUUAGUCUUAAUUGGACAAAAAUUCUUAGAAUGAAAAGAAGAUGCCAUCAUGAACUUAGAAGCUCAAGGACUUGAACAUACUGUAUUGAAAGUAAAAAAAAAGGAUCCAAUAGAUGGAACUCAAGCUACCAAAAUAAAGCUAGCUACAAAUCAAGAAAAGGCCAAAGCCUUAGUCCUCUUGAGGCAUCAUAUUCAUGAUAGCCUUAAAUGUGAUUGUAGAUGAACUUGCCUAUAAAUAUGGAAGUUCACCAAUGUGAAAAAAUCACACCAAUAAGUAAAAACAUCUCCAUCUUCCAACUUUUACUCAUUUUAUUUCCUCCUUAUCUCUCUAAGUUUUAACAAAAACAAUGUUUAUUUGAUGUUAUUAACAACGAACAAACUAUUUGUUAUUUUUUUAUCUCUUUAAAGGUUAUACAUUGUUCCUCUUUGUUCGCUGUUACUAACAACGAACAAAGUACUUUUUUUCUUUUGUUCAUAGUUAGUUACAGUAUAUAAACUUGACCUUAGACUGGUACAUAAAAACGCUUAUUUAGAAAAUUAAAAUUUUUUGAAACUUAUUUUGAAAUUUUUUUUAUAAAAACUUAUUUUAUAGUUUAUUUAUGUAUUUUAUAAUAUUCAUAAAAUCCCAAAGAUUUCAAGCAUGAUUUACAAUUAAUUUAAGAUACUUAUUUUCUCAAGAAUUUUGUAUUUACAAGAAAAACAACUUACACACAAACAACCUCUGGUGGGCUACAUAGUAUUAGGUCUUACCAAAUUUCAUGAAGACGAAAUGCACCCAAGCCCAACUAUUCUCCUUCAUUCAUUAUGCCUUUACAAAAGCAACUAGUCUCUUGAGAGACCAUAUCUUUAAGAAACGUAUCACAAGCCCAGCCCAUUAAAGAUUAAUGCCUACUUAACAUAUUUUAAUUGCCUACUUGCAUGUCUUUAAUGCUUACUUAUCAUAUCCUUAAUGCCUACUUUCAAUAUUUUAAAUGUCUUCUACAUCAUUCUUAAUACAUACUUAUAAUAUUUUGAAAAAUAUAUAAUAGGUUAGCCCAAUAGAGCUGGUUUCUCAAAGAGACCGUCUCUUACAAGAAUUUGUGUUACAAAAGACAUGAUUGUAUUGUAUGAAAAAUUGAAUAAAAUAAGCUUUUUCUUAAAAAAAAUUUUCGGAAUAAGCUUUGGAAAAUGUUAAUUCCCAAAAUAAGCGCCUUCAUGUCCGAACUUAAAGUCAGAUUUGUUAGUUGUUACUAACUGCGAAUUCGGGAAAAAUUUAAUUUGUUCGUUGUUAUAAACAACGAACAAAGAGGGACAACGUCAUAGUGUUUAAAGGGACAAAAAAAUAAAAUAAAAACUUUGUUUGAUGUUAAUAACAAUGAACAAACUAUGUGUUAUUCUUUUUAUCACUUUAAAUUUUAUACAUUGUUCCUCUUUGUUCGGUAAUUUUUUCUCUUGUUCUCUGUUAGUUACAACAAAUAAACCUGACCUUAGGCUCGUAUAUAAAGACGCUUAUUUAGAAAAUUAAAAUUUUUCGAAACUUAUUUGAAAUUUAUUUUUAUAAAAAACUUAUUUUACAGUUUAUUUCUGUAUUUUAUAAUAUUUAUAAAAAUCCCAAAGAAUCAAGCAUGAAUAUCAUUAAUUUAAGAUUUUUUUUUUAAAACUCUAAAUUUCAUGGUCUAUAAAGAGUUGUUUUUACUAUUAUUUUCAAUAUAUAUGUUAUUCUUAUUUCUUAGUAAUUAGUAUAUAAAAACCUUUAAUAAAAUAUAUAAAAUAAGACAUAUCACAAAAUCCAUCUAUAAUAAUACUUAUACAUAAAAUUAGCCAUAUUUAUCGAUUUUUAAUAGUUUUUUUUUUUUUUAGUUUUUUUAGUUGUUACUUAUUAGCAUUAUUCCAUAAAAAAGCGACUAGAAUUUUAUGGAUGUUGAAAACAAUAAUUGUACUUACAUAAAUGCCAUGGCCUACCUAAUGCUAAUUGCUAAUUAUAAAAAAUAAUUUUGCAUUUAUUUUAUCGUAUUGAACUUUUUAAGAUAAUUUUGUAUUUAUUUUUUAAGAUAAUUUUGUAUUUAUUUUUUGGUAUUAAAAUUUUUUUCUUGAAUUUACAUGUUACUUAUGCUUUUGUCGACUAUUUUUCAUGGAUCCGCCACUGAUUGUGAGCAAACACUAUUGAAAGAUAAAGUGGUGUUUGAGUUUGAAAGCAAAAGCUUAAAUGAGUUUUAAUUUGUCAGAAUUUAGUUGUAAUUUGUUGAAAUUACAUAAAAGAAAUACAAAAUGAUUUGUUAAGGAAUGAAGUGUCAAUUGUGAAAGAUGCCCAUUAAACCUAUGUGAAGUGUCGAUUGUGAAAGAUAGCCAUCACCAACUUGUUCUUUAUUACACUAAUUUUAUCCACUUACAACACUUCAUUUUCUCCUUUUUCAGCAACAAUAAAGACAAUGCUUUUAAUUAAAGGGACUACAUUCAUACAUAUUCCCCAUUUGAUUAUCGGAUUCGGUACGUACUAUAUACCGAUAAUUAAUAAAAAUGAUUUAUAGUGUAAAUUUUUCAUGUCGUUUCCAAGAUAACAAAAGUUUUUCAAAUAAUAAUAUAUUGGAACGAAUAGUGUGAAUAAAAUGAAAUUGUUAAAUGAGAAUAAUUAAACAACGUCAUUAAAUUUGUAUUCCUACUAAAAUUACACUAAUUUUUUAUUAUCAUUUUCACAAUUUAGUACCGAUUACCAAACAUGCCGUCAUUUACUAUUUUGUUUGGUGCUAAUGGUAAUAAAAAUGAUUAAUUAGUAUUGUUAAUUUUUAUGAAAUAAACCAUAUUAUAUCUAUGAUAUUUUGAUCAUAAAAACGUAUAUUUAAUUUAAUUUUUCAUUAUCAUCUAAUAGAACAUCUCCAAAAUAACUAGUUGAAAAUGAUAUGAUUGUGAAGCAAAUGAGACAAUCAUCACCAUUAAAACUUAUCAAAAAGCAAAGUUAGCAAUUAAAACAAAACAUAUAAUAAUACUAUCGGUCUCAUGAAUUGACUUGAUAAAACAUUUUAACCUAAUUGAAAUAAUGGAUGCCCAACACGUACAAUAACGUCAAUGUAUUGUAUAUACAUAAUUAGUGUACAUUAUUUAUAUAUGAUUAGAAAGAAACCAAUAUUUCUAUCUUGAUAUUCUGGAAAUAUUUUCUAUAAUUUCUUAAACAUCAGAAAUGUGAAACUGUAAAAUAAUAUUAUAAUCUUAUAUUUUCAAUGAAUAGCUUUGUUAUGGUAAUAUUUAAUAGUUUAUUUAUUUAAUAAUUAUCAUUGUAAAACUACUUACCUAUCCUUUGACUUAUUAAUUGACCUUGACUCAUAGUCAAUGGACUUUUAUGACAUUAUGUUCAGUAUGCUUAAUCAACAAAUUAGUAACUUUCUAAAACCCUAAAGUAACUACCCACUCAUCACAGUAAGUAACCAUAUCCUCCCCUCAACUGCCAUAAUACCCAUGAAGUCCAUCUUAUUCUCUGCAAUAACCACUUCGCCAUUCUUAUAAAUAGAAGUUGUCAUCCCCUUUUACAACCCUAAGAAACAAUAUCAUGCCAAAACUCUGCCAAAAUCUCUACUCACCAUCUUCAUCAACACACCCAAAAUAUAAACAACUAAUAUCCUGAUAUCUACAUUCAUGCAUUCAAUUUGUUAUCAUUUAUUCAUUGAUUUGUCAUCUUCGAUCUGACUUGAGCGUCAGAGGAGUUUUCCGGGAAAUCACCCCGGGCAAGGCUAACGUGUUGUGUUGCAGAAUUUCAGGUUAUUUUUACUGAAGGAUUACAUCUCACUUCCACUUCAUUGACUGUCGACUUUGAUAACACUUCCAUGUCGGGUAUUUCAAGUCUCUUACACUUUCUCAUUUCAAGAACCGAAACAAGCUUGAAAUAUUAAAA